AUGGGAAAUAAUGGGUUUGAUUCCGAUUUUGCUCUUCUUGAGUCUAUUCGCCGACAUCUGUUAGAUGAUUCCACCAUGUAUUCCGGCGGUGGAGCUCCACCGAUGAGUUGCCGGACCAACACCCUGUUUCCUUGCUUGUCGGACACCUGGGGUGAAUUACCCUUGAAACAGAACGAUUCUGAUGACAUGUUAAUAGCUCGGUUUCUUCACGAAACGUUGGAUUUCGAGAGCCUCCUGUCGCCGGGAAAGACAAUGAUACCAAACAUUGCCACUGUUAAAUCUGAGCCGGAGGUUUUUGUGGGAUCGCCUGAGAUUUCAAGUUAUGAGAAAGGAUCACCGCCGCAGACGGUGGGAGUUGAUGAUGUGACGCAACAGAAGGGGAAACAUUACAGGGGUGUGCGGAGACGGCCUUGGGGGAAAUUCGCGGCUGAAAUUCGGGAUCCGGCGAAGAAUGGUGCUCGGGUGUGGCUAGGGACGUUUGAGACGGCGGAAGAUGCGGCGUUUGCAUAUGACAAGGCGGCGUAUAAGAUGCGUGGUUCUCGUGCUUUACUAAAUUUCCCACUUCGAAUUAAUUCCGGUGAGCCGGAGCCGGUUCGGAUAACCUCAAAACGGAGAGCAACAUCGCCGGCGAACUCAUCGGAAGAUCGAUCGCCAAAGAGGACAAAGAAGGUGGAACAUAUCCACGUGGAGAAUAGUUAG